AUGUUUUUAAUACAACAUAAUUUACGGUUUGCUUUAAUUACACCAUUGGUUUUAUUGAUAAGACAUAUUGCGAGUGACUCAGAAAUUUGCAAAAAACUCAAAAUUGGAAAAACAAAGGCAACUGAAACAGUAAAGACCGCAAUUUUUCAUGAAGUACGCAAAGAUAUUAUUGAUAUCUUGCAAAAUCAAACCUUUUCUAUGAUAAUUGACGAGACAACUGACAUCUCAACAUCAAAAUGCUUGGCGAUCGUGGUUAGAUAUUUUGAUAAAACGAGCUUGAAAGUACGGGACAGAUUCUUAGCUUUAAUUGAACUGGCCAAAUUUGAUGCUUGUACGUUAGUUCAAGAAAUUAGAAAACUUUUUAAGAGUAUAAAUGUUCCUUUGAAAAACUGCCUUGGGUUCGCAAGUGAUAACGCGUCUGUUAUGGUGGGCAAAAGAAAAGGUAUUGCGGCACUUUUACGUGAAGAUAAUCCCAAUUUGUUUUCAAUUGGUUGCACAUGUCAUUCUAUACAUCUUUGUGCUUCUGCUGCGGGAAAGGUUUUGCCAGCUGGUCUGGAAAUUCUAACAAGAAAUAUAUAUUUAUAUUUUGCCCAUAGUGCCAAAAGGCAAGUUGAGUUUAAAGAAUUUCAAGAAUAUUUUUCUGUAAGCCGUCACAAAAUUCUUAAAAAAUCUAUUACAAGAUGGCUAUCAAUGGAACAGGUUGUUUCCAGGAUUUUUGAACAGUGGACCCCUCUCCAACACUAUUUUCUACAAGAAAAUUUUGAUUCUUCUGAAAACAAUGAUUUGGCUUUGAAAGUUAAAGAAGAAUUAAAUGACGAUAACAAAUUUUUGUUACUGUUUUUGAGUUACGUUCUUAAAUUACUUAACAAUUUAAACUUGGAAUUUCAGACUGAAGCAACAAGAAUUCAUGUGUUGCUUAUUCAUGUAAAAACGAUUUAUAAAACUAUUUUAAGUAACUUUUUAGACAUAAGUUCAAACAUUGAUGUAUUUACUAUUGAUUUUAAUAACACCGACGAUUUUAAACCUGCUAAAGAUAUAUAUUGCGGUCCCAAGGCAGAACUAUUUUUAAAGUCACGAAAUUUGUCUGAUGAACAAACCAUUGCUCUAAAAAAAUAUUGCAUGAAAUAUUACGUUGUGCUGUGCAAAGAAAUAUGUAAACGAGUAAACUUUAAGGAUCCGGUUUUGUUAGCUCUUCAAGGCAUUAACCUGAAUCUUUGGCCGAAACUACAGCAGAAAUCGCCUCAGUGUUCCCAAAUCUAAUUACAGAAGAAAAUAUUGAAGGAAUUGAUUUCGAAUGGAGAUUGUUGAAAAAUCAGCAAAUAGUGUCGAAAGAAUUGGAAUUAGAAAAUUU